UCAGAGGAGAAUGGCCAGACUGGUUCGAGCUGAUAGAAAGGCAACAGUGACUCAAAUAACCACCCGUUUCAACCAAGGUAGGCAGAAGAGCAUCUCUGAACGCACAGUACGUCAAACUUUGAGGCAGAUGGGCUACAGCAGCAGAAGACCAUGCCGGGUGCCACUCCUUUCAGCUAAGAACAGGAAACUGAGGCUACAAUUUGCACAAGCUCAUCGAAACUGGACAAUAGAAGAUUGGAAAAACGUUGCCUGGUCUGAUGAGUCUCAAUUUCUGCUGCGACAUUCGGAUGGUAGGGUCAGAAUUUGGCGUCAACAACAUGAAAGCAUGGAUCCAUCCUGCCUUGUAUCAACGGUUCAGGCUGGUGGUGGUGGUGUCAUGGUGUGGGGAAUAUUUUCUUGGCACUCUUUGGGCCCCUUGGUACCAAUUGAGCAUCGUUGCAACGCCACAGCCUACCUGAGUAUUGUUGCUGACCAUGUCCAUCCCUUUAUGACCACAAUGUACCCAACUUCUGAUGGCUACUUUCAGCAGGAUAAUGCACCAUGUCAUAAAGCUGGAAUCAUCUCAGACUGGUUUCUUGAACAUGACAAUGAGUUCACUGUACUCAAAUGGCCUCCACAGUCACCAGAUCUCAAUCCAAUAGAGCAUCUUUGGGAUGUGGUGGAACGGGAGAGUGGCAUCAUGGAUGUGCAGCCGACAAAUCUGCGGCAACUGUGUGAUGCCAUCAUGUCAAUAUGGACCAAGCUCUCUGAGGAAUGCUUCCAGCACCUUGUUGAAUCUAUGCCACGAAGAAUUGAGGCAGUUCUGAAGGCUAAAGGGGGUCCAACCCGUUACUAGCAUGGUGUACCUAAUAAAGUGGCCGGUGAGUGUAUAUAUGGUAUACUAUAUCAAGAUGAUUAAUAUAUUUCCCUGAUAUACACUCAUAUGUUAGGUUUUAGAGAGACUGAUGAAUGUUUUAUCGUGAGAUAAAUUCGAGAUGAAUUAAUGACACUAACUAAAAAAAGGAAAAGAGAGAAAGAGAAAACAUGGCGAGAGUUUUAGUAUUGAAAUUAAACACAUGGCGUUUUUCAUGACAACAAAACCAAAUACGCCUAAUUGUAAUUGAGAUGUAUAUUUCAGAUGCAAAAUGACAUUAUAUAACCUUCACAGUGUUGCUUGUCUCCUGAUGUGGAAUCCGUUGCAGAGGUGCCCCGAUGAAAUGACUUGUUGUACCUUUAUGCGCACGUGGAGCCAUUAAAGAGCGUGAAAAGUAAACCAUCGAAUUAUUUCUUAAAUUUAUAUUUAUGCUUCUCAAAGUUGCGUGCCUACAAGGGUUGCUUGCCGUGUUUCGAUACAAUGUUAAAAGAAAUAUGUGCAUGGGCUGAACGCCAAAAGUGAGCACUAGUUUCUGAGGGAAGCGGAAUGAUACACAGUCCGUCCCUCUAUUCUACAAAUGCAUUAGGAUCUGGAGAACAUGGAGUGGAGAGACGAAGGGGAGCAGUGUGAGACUGGAGAAGACCUUUAAGAGGAAAAGAACUGUGUUUCAACUCCGCUAAAAACACAUUUCCAUGGCCUCCGCACACUCUUAGAAGGUUUGUGAGAACAAUUAUUACUUAUCCACGCUGAACCGCACUCUAAUGAGCUACAUGAGCGGGACUCACAGAGCGGUGGCUCGGUCAUUUCCCUCGGAGGGCUUGGCUAAGAGUUAGCUUAGCGCAGCCUGGUUGUCAGACGCUUCAAAAGUUGCUGGAGCGGAGAAAGAAAGGGAAAGGCAAAGAACCGAACGGUUAACAUAAAGUCUACAUAACUCAAGACCACAAGGUGAUUUUUAAAAAAUAGCAUGUUACACUUUUAAACCCUUUCAACCUAUACAGUGAUAGUGGAUUUAAUGUGUCAGACUGUAGGGCUAAACUAAUCUAGUUGUGAUCUGAUAACGUUAGCUAAGCUACAUUUAGCCACUCGAAGACUAGCCAAAGCUACUGAAUUUACGCUUUUUAAGUUUGCGUUUUUGUGGAGCCAAGUUGAAAUUGAAUGGUAGCUCAAGUUUUUCUUAGUCACAGCAGUUUGUGGCUUUGUGAAAUUGAGGAUGCGUCUCUUUUUCUCUCUUGAAGGUGGGUGGGGGUAGCUUAUUCCCUCUGCUGUUCCCACACUGACUGCCUCAUGUACACUGAAACAAUAAGGCUAAGUUACGGGUAGGAGUUUGUCCAUGUCCGUAGGAGUGCUACUCGACCUCGUUACUGGAAAAUAAUGCUGCUAUAGAAGAUGAUGUUUGUAGUUUUCCAGAUUCUUGUAUUGUUUUCCAUUCUUGAGGAGUGCUGUGGUCUUUGUGCUUUCGGGAUAUUCGCCACACCAGUAAUAAAUCUAAUUAGAAAAGACACAUCCUAAUCUUCCAAACCGUCUCCUUAAAGUAUAGAUUUCACUUAUCAAAUGCUUUAAGCUUUUAUUAGCUACAACAAUAACGAUAUAGCAAUAGCAGUAUAGAUUAGCAUGUAGAUGUGCUCAUUAGCUUCCCAGUGUAAAAAGUCUCGUGCUAUUCAGGACUAAGGUGUGUCAUCUCUCACUCUGAAACAUAUUUGAGGAUUCAUCUUUUAGUCAUAUUCCAUCAGGAGAUGAAGGGGGAGCUGAUCAUUGUUGGAUUCAUGAUCAUGUUUGAUUUGGCGCUACAUAAAUUUAAAAAAUAUAUAUAUACUCAUUGAUUAAGGCCAUCAUCAUUAUUAGCAUAAGUUUUGUCAAUAUAUGUCUGAUCAGUGUGGAUUUAUCAGUAUUUGGAUGGUGAAAGUUAGUUGGGCCUUUUAGUGUAAUGGCUUUGUAUCUUAAGAGCACUCAUUUAAAUUCGAUACAAUAAUAAUAAAAAUAAAGCUAAAAAAAAAAACAAGUUUAUAAAGUGCUUUGACAUAAAGUCUUAAAGCACAUGGAAAAAGACGGAUAAAAACAAAAAGCUCAGUUAAAACGGAAUUGAAGGCCAUUUUCAUAUGUCAUAAGGAAUCCAGACAAUACAAGAACCAUGCAACAUAAAAUGAGACCAUGAGGACCAAAAUAAAAACAUAAAAUAGUUAAGAAAAAAAAAUUGCAAUUAAAAGGGGGGGGUUUAAAAUGGAAAACAGGAUAGGAAAAAAAAACCCAAACAAUAUCAUUAAUGAUAAUAAAAUAAGUAAUACUGAUAGCAAUAGGAAUGAUAAAAUACAGCAACAGAAAUGAGCAAGAGAAAAAAACAAUGAAUGGCCUGAAAGGUUAAUUAAGAAAAGAGUAUAAGUAUUAAAAAAAGCUAAAAAAGACAGUAAAGCCGAAAUAAGAGAGGUAAAAAAGCUAAGAGAUGACAGGUAGAAGAUAAAAGACGGCAUCACAUGAAACCAAGUCUGUAAAAGUGAGUACGAUCUUUUCUAGAUUAAUUAAUGUAUGACACACUUAAUCAGUUCAUCAAUAUGCUUCUCUUCUAAUGUAGCUUGGAUCCAUUUGGUUAUACAUGUUGUGUAUAAUAUUAUAUGUAAUUAUACCACUUAUCUUCUCUCCUCUGGCAAUCAGCACAUCAAAAAGCUGCCGAUCUCUGACUGAUUAUACCAUACAAGAAUCUGCUCAGGCUUUGGCAAAUGUUAGCUAAAUUAAUCUAAUGGCUGUCCUUUUCUGGUUCUUAGUUUUUCACUCCUUCUAAAGAUUAAAAGUAGUAUAAAAACUCAAAAUUUACUCUUUAAAUCAGUAGCUUUGGUGUUUCCAGUCUCAGAAAGUUAGGAGCAUCGGCAAAAAUCUAGCAUUGCUUACUAAAAAUGACGUUGCAGCACAUUUUCCUUUUUUUAAAUUCUAUUUGAACUUAAAAAAGGCCUUGUGGUCCCUGGAUGUGAACUUUAAUCAAGAUUAAGGAUUUCAUCAUUCACAUUAGCAUCUGAUGAUGCUACAUCAUCAGAACAACAGAGCAUAGUUUAUUGUGUUCAGCCAGACAGUGCUGUCAUCUUACAAAUUCUGAUUUUAUUAUAUAUACAGAUGAUGAAAGUGUCCACACUGAAGCAGUGUUGAGACAUAUGUCUUCUUUGAAUAAUAAUAAAAAGAGAGAACUGGACUGACAGACUGACAAAAUGAAUUCCAAUAUGGACAUAUGUGAGAACACCUCAAACAUGAUCUUAACUACUGGAUCAGAGCCAAUCUAGGUACUCAUUAAGUUGUAUGGAAAUCAGUGAUUUAAGUUGAUCAUCUCACCCUGUUCAUUUAUGCCAGCUGUCACUGAGCAACAUUUGCAGCACAGGGUGAAUGCACAAUUGACUGAUCACCAAGUCUUCUGUAUUUACCUAACCCUAAGUACUUGAUGAGAAUAUAAUGAUUUGGACGAUGGAGUGUGAUAGAAUACAGCAAGAACAAGCCCUUUAAGUCAAUCCACUGUAACUCUCUAGACACACAGUUCAAAACGGUGGAAGUGUGUCCUAAACACAGGACAGUCAAUCACAUCAGUGUCAGCAGCCCCAUGACUAAAACUUCAGCAUUGUGUGUGGUGUGUGUCUAGUAUUAUUCUGACCACUAUUUUAUUCUAGAAAGUAGGCCUGGGCGAUUUGGCAAAAAAAAAAAGAUCAUCAAUGAUUUGUCAUAUUGUCCGAUCUCGAUUAUUAUCACGAUCUUUUUUAAACUGCCUGUUUUAAAGCAUCUGUACUAAAAACUAAAGAAACUAGAGAUAAGUUCUGCAUUUUAUUAACAUACAAAGUAAAUAACAAAGCAAAUUGAAUAAGAUAAACUUAGAAAAAUAUAAAAAACAUUUUAACUCAACAGUACAACAAAUGUAGAUAAAUGCUAGAUAAUACAGUGAAUUAGUUUACAGUCCUGAGUGUUUUUUAAAGGUAUGCAAGACCCCAAAUAAAACAAAUCGCCCCCUCAGAGAUAAUGAAGACGCCUUAAAAUGUAAACAUUAGAUGAUGUAAAUGUAGAUGAUAUGAUUAAUCGCUGCCUAGGUUUGGUGGCUGCACUGCUAGUUUUAGCUAAACUGCUAAUGCUACUCGUGCCGUCAGCAGUGACAGGCUGUUCAGACUCCGCUCACAUUUUCAUGCUUCCCGCAUAAUCAUUUGGGAGGCACUUCUUCAAAUGAUUAAACAGAUCUGUUGUGUAGCUGGUUUUUGAGGGCACCGAUCACCGACAUACCUUGCUCAUCAACUUAAUCACUCGACAUCACUUUGGAGAUACCCAAACCACCACCACACAACCAACGUUGAAUAACUUCUGAACAAUAACAUCUUCGGAGAAUGACUCAAAGUCACGGCUGACAUCUACUUUGCUGCCCUCAGCUCCGCGUUUAGCUCCAUGUUCGGUCAUUCUGUUUACUUCUCCUGUUUACUUCUCCGGCAACUUACAGAAGUGAGCAGGAAAAGCUUGACACUGAUUGGCUGUUGUGACGCACAUUUCCGCUAUGUUUGAUUGAGUAAAUAUGCUCUCAGCUGAUCACCGUGAUCGAACUGAAAUUUAUCACCAUCAUCGAUCACGCUCAUAUAAUCGCCCAGUCCUCCUAGAAAGUGAAAACCGAAGCUGUAACACGUAGGUGGCUGCAGGCAGUUCCCCCAGCAGUGACUGACUGGAUCGAUAUUUUAAAUACUAUACAGAAUAUGGAGAGAAUGAACUUCUCGCUAAAUCACAGGAUGGAUAAAUUCCUGCAAUACUGGAAAAAAUGGAUUGUGUCUGUGAACUCACAAGCUGAUGUCUGAGCCAUUAUUGUAUGAUAUCUGACAUGUAUUUCUAUUAGUGCAAUAACGAAACAACAUGUUCAGUUGACUGUUUCUAUAAAAAGAAAGUAUAAAGUAGAAAAAAAAAGUGAAAACCGACAGCAAAUUGCAGUAUAUGCAAGACAGUUGAUUUGAGUUGCUGUAUCAGUUGAGCUGCGUUCAAAACAACCACUUUGAAAUGAAUUCUUUACACUGAACAUCCAACAGAAAUUGGUAAAGGAACAGAGGAAAGGCUGCUCUGCUGCAGCAACAAGCCCUAGAUUUAUGAAGGAAAUGUGUUUAUCCUUUAGAGAUCUUAAAAGCCAAACAGUCAAUAAGACAGAUGAUGUUGAAUUAAUUAUUCUGGACAACCGGUCCAGUUGUGUGGCAGAGAUGGCAGAUCUGGGCUGUCUUUUAGAUGCCCCGCCCUCGUAACCACUACUGCCAGAUACCACUUCACUGGAGCUGUUCAGCAAAGUGCAUGACAACUUCUGAAUUAUGAACGCAGCAAUUUUGAGAAUCAAACAUUUAAUGUCAUGCAUUUGGGCUUAAUUUAUGAUCUAAUUUGGAAUUCAACAUUUUGAAUAUGUGUGGUGGGGCUGUCAAAAUUGGCCAAAAAAGAUGUUUGAAUAUUCCCUCUGAGGCAGUGGAUCUCAAGUCCAGUCCUGGAGGCCCACUGUCCUACAUGUUUUGGAUGUUUCCCUGCUCCAACACACCUGAUUCAAAUGAUUAGCUCGUUAUCGAGCUCUGUAAUGGCUUAGUAACGAGCUGAUCAUUUGAAUCAGGUGUGUUGGAGCAGGGACCACUGCUCUAAGGAAAACACAACAUUUCUUACUAUUCAAACCUAAGAGACAACUUGAUUAACUAUUUGAUCAUGUGCUGAGAAACAGCUUUUAAGUGCCAACAGAGAGGGGAAGGGAAGGAGAAGUGUGGAUUUGUCAGUGUGUCCGGAUACGGAGUGAUCAUCAUGUCACUGUACACCUGUUUGUUGUUAUUGUGCGUAUGUAGGAGGCUACUGUAAAGCCUUAGACCCAGUGAGUGACAGAGACAAAGAUGUUUGUGUCUGUUUAGUGCUGCUGUCUAACCAUUCAUUUUUGGUUAUAAAGCCAGAACAUGCAGAGCGGUACUGUCCUAUCAGUCAGUGUGAUGCAUUUCUAAUGAGUUCAUCCUGAGCAGCUCGUGGGAGAUGUUAUGCUUAUAGGGGCUGUGUGCUGGGAAUUACUCGUCCAUAUUACACUCCAGUUUAUCUUUGAUCUCCUGAUUUUUACCAUCUUUCUUCAGAAGUUCAGUUCUGUUUUGUUUCUCUCAUCUUUUGAAAACAGAUAAAGACAUGUUGUGAUUUGUUGAGUUAACUUCUCAGCCUGACAGCAUACAAGUCCAGCAGUUUUCUCUUUCCCGCUGUACUGAUCAGUUUCCUCUGUGACCAGGGCUGUUUGGGUAAGAGUAGAAAAUCAGGCUCUCUGCUGUCAUCAUGCUAGCAGAGAAAAGUGUGGACUUCUAACAAGAAACAAUUCCACUUUUUUCCCACAUGUGAGUCAGAUUAAAGAAUGUCUUAGAUUUUAAACAUUACACACAUCAUUUAUUUUGCAUUUUUCUGCGAGACAUGGCCAAUGAAGUCUUUCCCUGCCAGACAACAGCAUGUGAAACCAUCUGAAAAGCAGCUUUUGUAAACCUGACUCACUGUCUCUGCAGCUGAGUUAUACUCUGUCAUCACUAGCUGCGUUUCCAUUACCCAUAGAUUUGCUCAAAACCUAAAUAUUGCAAUAGAAAACUUGUAAUGGAAACACCUAAAUUUCGAAAAACCUCUCAAAUAUCGCUAAAAAGUUUUUACGCUCUCAUGAGGUGGUUUUUCAGACGUGUCAAUACAGAAGUAUAUCGCAAAAGUGUAAUGGAAACACUAUUCUCGCAAUUCUCUGUCACUGGACGUGACGUAGCGGGUCAUGUGACCAGUUCAUUUCAAGCGAAGAUGGCGCAGUAUGUGUGGACGGGGGAGGAGACGGAGUUAUUUCUGAAGUUUUGAAUUGUAUUUGUAUUUUUCUGAAGUUUUGAAUCCACAAUUCGUCUGUGAAUUCCUCAUUAACGAUCCGCUCCCAGAAAUCCCUCAUCCGUGUUCGCUCCCAGACAUACAGGUUUUGCCUUUGAAUUAUCACCCGCUGCCUUCGUCUUCUGAUGACAGCAGCGGCAACAGCAGUAAUGGUCACAGAAAUAGCUGUUCUAAAACGCAAAAUGUUUUGUGUCUCGUCCAUGUUGGUGUGCAAAAAGGCUUAAGGAAUACGAGGUCGCAUGGGCAGGAAGUUUACCUCGUUGCCAGGCAACGGCCACUCAAACACGGCUCGCGAGUGGCAGACGGCUCGCUUAUGCACUGAACACCAUUCAAUGGAAACACCCGCAAAUCGCAAUUGUACUUUGUCGAAAUUUGAUAAACAUCGCUUUUAUUUUGCGAAAAAAUGUAAUGGAAACGCAGCUAUUGUUAGUGAACUUGUAACUCUUGUUACAAUCUCUGAGAAUCAAGAAGGUUACAAUGCUGCAACCAAGCUCCCAACCUGACAGAAAGCCUCCUUACAUGUUCCAAACUUAUGGGGGAAUACUUAGAACAUAUGAAUGAAAAUGGAGUAUUUGUGAACAGUGUUAAUGUAUGACAAUAACAUAUUUUUAUUUUUUAUUACUAUGCAUUUUUCUACAACACGUAUGCAUGUCAGAGCUUUAUGCCACACUACCACACUGUAAUUGACAUAUUAUGACACCAAGUGUCACUUCUAUUAAAAUGCACAUGUGCUGUAUUACACCCCAACAGAGCCAGACAGAAGUGGGAGAAAGAGACAGACUAGGGCUGGGCGAUAUGGCCUCAAAUCAGUAUCACAAUAUAUUGAGGAGUUCACCUCAGUAUCGAUAAAUGGAUGAUAACUACUCCACAAGCUGCUUAAUCCCUCCCACAUGAACUUCGUUGACUUCAUUGAACCAUCCUCCAUCUCCUCACCUGUCUUUCCUUCUUUGUUACGGACUGGAUGGGGUGGAGUUAUGUCGUUGACGUAGGACAGCGUCUUCAAAGAAUCAUGAGACCAUAGCCUACCUACACACAUACAAAACCAACUUUUAUUUAUUUAUUUAUGUUUUUGACACCGAAUAUACCGAUAUGAGCAAAAUGACGUCGGUUAUUGUCGAAAAUUUCAGUAUCGGUAAAUUUUCGGUUUAUCGCCCAGACACAGCACCAUGUGUUUUACGCAUAUAGGACCAGUAUCCUAUCAUAUCAUGAUCAUGGCCAAAAUAAAUUAUUGAACUUCAAAAUCUUCAUCAGUUUAUUUAAAAAAAAAAAAAAAGUUAAUUUGACUAUUUUCUUUUUUGAAAAAACACAUUUUUCCUCUGCUUCUACGUUGGGCGGCUGUGGCUCAGUGUAGUGCAGGCCGUCUCUCAGUUGGGGUUUGACCCCUGGUCCUGCUGACUAAAUGUCAAACUGUCUUUGGGAAGGCACUUGACCUCAACCUGCCCAGCGGUAUGAGAAUGGGAUCAGUCAAAUCUGUUGGGUGCCUCACCUCGCAGCCUCUGCCAACAGUGUGCGAAUAAGGUGUGAGUGGGUGGAUGUGACAUGUAAAGUUAAUACACUUUGAUGAGUCAGACCACAAAAAGACAGACAUGGGUUGUUUACUGGUGCCUACGUGGUAGUAAUGUAGCACUCCUGCCACAUGGUUUCUGUAGCUCAUCUGAAAGCUGUUCGCUAAAUGUAUGAAAUGACAGAAGAAGAAAACUAACAACAACAACAACAACAAAAAAACCCUGAAAAACUAAGACUGACAAUGCUUUGAAAUAGCAAAAUACAUCAGGGUCAGUUUCUGGAGACGCGGGUGUAGUUCCACAUUUGUAAAAUGUUACUAUUGACUCAGCUGAUUCUCCAACAUUUUCAGUUUUCAGUUAAACGACUCUGAGUUGGUGAUGAUAACAUAUUCUCUCUUAUCUAUUCUGCUAAUCCAGAAGAGGAUGCCACAGGAGCCUGAUCCAUGAACAGGGCUGACAUGAAGGAGUUCAACCCCUUUUUAAAGCAUCAAAAAAACUCACCUUCUCUGAAAGAAACACACCCUUUAAGUUUAGCUCUAAAGUCCAUAUCGUAUUAUAACAUAUUAUUUUUUAAACAUCAUUGUCUCCUCGUCAUUUGUGUUACUCACAGUAGAGCUCUCAGGGUUCGACACAGUUAAUUCUCUCGACAUGAUCGUAUCUGUGUGUCUGUGUUGGCCAAAUAAUUUUAGAUUUUGUUAAACCACAUAGCUUCUCAUAAACUUUUAAUUUAGAUCAAAUGUGGUAAGUUAUGACAUGGGUUUUGAUUCUAAUUACUUCAUUCAUACACAGUCAUUUCAGAUAACGUGUGAUCCUAAAAGUUCACCCUGAAGAAAUGCAGAAAUGAUGGACAUAAUGCGGAUGAAGAAUGGGGUUCAUGGGGUCAUUUUGUGGAUGAUUGUGGAUCCCAGCUUUACAUUCUGAUCAGACAUGUUUUGGCUGUAAGAGAUUUUCUCUUAUUUUAUCUUUUGAAGUCGAAUCUGACAACACUUCUAUAUGCAUACCUCAUCCAAGUUCUGGACAGACUUGAAGUCCUGCACGGAGGUGCUUUGUCCUGUCAGAAAAGGUGACUGGAGGAUUUUUGUUCAGUUUGUUGUGCUGGAAAAGUUUUAGGCCUUCAUGGCAGGGAGAUUCAGAGAGGUGCUGAAAGAUAUUGAUAUUGUAUAUAUCGGGAUAUAAACAUCCAAGAUAUUGAUACUGCAAAAUAAAAGAUAUAGAUUUUCCCUGAGUUCUACUCAAUAAAACUGCACUUUCCACAUUCUAUUGUGUUGUGAUGUUUUUAUUUUCCUGAAAUUUUCCUGAACCCAUAGUGAUGUCAUAUCUAUAUGAAGAUAUCUGGCAUGAAUAUAAAAUUCGGGAUAUAAAAUUCUGCCCAUAUAGUUCAGUCUUAAUUCAGAGUUCAUUCGUGUUUUGAAACUUUGAUGUUUUUACAGAUAUUUGGGAAUUGUUGUAAGUUGGUUCUUGAACAUACUGCCCCCAUAAUGAGUGUGUUGCUGAACAUGAAAAGCCUAUGCUGCUCUAAUUCUCUCUUUCGUGUUUUGCAGAGCACUGGCGGAGCAGAGGAUCGACUGGUAAUUGAUGGAAAAAUCAAUCCAGCCGGUGGCUGGGACUUGGUGCUGGGAAGUGAGCCCUUUCUUUCUCGCCUGUCAUCCUGCUCCGGAGAAUUCAACGCAAGUCCUCACCCCAGAUCCUGCAGCCUGCUCCCCCUCCCUUCAUAGGGAGUGGUGACCUAACUCUGGACGGCUUGCUGCAGGGCCCUUCCUGAGCAGCAGCAGCUGCGUCCUGCCUGCUGACUUCGAUCCCUCUCCUGCUUCCUGUCUUUUCUGGUCAGACAAGGAUAAAACCUCCUUUACCCCACCCUUUAUCUCUUUUGGCCUCUAAAACUCUAACCCCUCCCCCAAAUAGAUUGCAUUGUUGGCCUCUCUUCCACGUGUUUUAGGCUUCACUACUUAGUCUAGACUGAACAGAAAGGAACCUUGGAUCCCAUUGGUCCCCCAAAAGUGAGUUUUACCUGUUAUACAGCUCGCAACAUGACCUCAAUGUCCAGUCUCUUCUCCUUCACAAGCCCAGCAGUCAAGCGUCUGCUUGGAUGGAAGCAGGGAGACGAGGAGGAGAAAUGGGCAGAAAAAGCUGUGGAUGCCCUUGUGAAAAAGCUGAAGAAGAAAAAGGGAGCAAUGGAGGAUCUAGAGAAAGCUCUCAGCUGCCCUGGGCAGCCCAGCAAGUGUGUUACCAUUCCAAGAUCAUUAGAUGGCCGCCUGCAGGUUUCCCAUCGCAAAGGUCUGCCUCAUGUAAUCUACUGCAGAGUCUGGCGUUGGCCAGAUCUUCAGUCCCACCAUGAGCUGAAGCCUCUGGAGGUGUGUGAGUACCCGUUUGGCUCCAAACAGAAGGAGGUCUGCAUCAACCCAUAUCACUACAAACGAGUGGAGAGUCCAGGUAGGUACUCAUGCUUUCUGCAGAUAGAGUGGUCCUUUUUUUUUUUUUUUAAAUUUAGUUACACGUAUAUUCAGCAAGUGAUCUUCACUUUGUCAUUUUCAGUCUAUAUCUUGAUGAGUGUAGUUGUGCGUCUGUAAGCCUUUGGACAAAUUAUUUGAAGUUGCUAACUACGUAUGACAAUUUUGCACUAUUGUGAAUGUGGCGCAUACAUGUUCCUUUACCUGCAGGGCACUGAUCAGCUUGUGGGGUUUACGAUAUAAAAGUCACAGGUAUAUCAUGAGUUGUAAUAUUUUGCUUCUCAAUUUGGUGUAAUGAUAAGCGCAAAGUGUCUUCGCUGACAGACGAAGUAUUGGCUGUAGAAUUUAUUCAGGUCAGUCCUCCUGUUGAACAGCCAACGCUGUAUUUUGAUCAGGUAAACAUGUUGUGUGGACCAAGGGUUGUGUCAGAAUGUCAGUAUGAAAUGUAAAAACAAUAAAGGCUUGACACUUUCCUUGGAGACGCAGCACCACUUGGCUUUCCCAGUUCAGUUAAAUAUCUGAAUAUUACAGACAGUUGGUAGGAGACUGUGUCUAAGUUUGGGCACAUCAUUUCAGUCAGUCGUUUUCCUUUGUUUUUAUCUCACAAAGACAUGAGCGACAAUGCUGUAAUUUAGACUUGUCAGACCAAGAACGGAUUUCUGAUUUUUUUACGUCAAUGACUCGUGUUUCUUGGCCCAAGCAGUCCUCUCCUUUCUGUUGAUUUGCCUCAGAAGUGGCUUCUUUGAACCAUCAAGGCCUGAUUCACACUCCCCUUGAGCUGUUGAUGUUGCGAAGUGUCUGCUGCUCAAACCCUGUGCAUUAUUCAUGUGAGGUCAACUCAGAGGUGCUUUUUAUUUGCAUUUUCUGAGGCUCCUCAUGAACUUAUCCUCUGGAGCAGAGGCAACUCUUGGUUUUCCUCUGCUUGGGGUCCUCAUGAAGGCCAUUUUCAUCAUAUUGGUUGAUGGCAUUUGCGACUGCAUUUGUGGAUACGAUCAGAGUUCAUAAAAUAGUCCUGGAUUGCCUGACCUUCACCUCUUUCAUUAAUGGACCGUUUCUUUUUUUAUUUUGUUGAGUGUUUAUGGAUAAGAACAGGAGUUAAAUAAGGCUGGUUAUUGUAUAGGUCUGCAUACUAAUCCUUCCAACACUGAUUGUUUCAAACACAUAAAACGACAAGGAAUCUCACCGAUUAACUCUUGACAAGGUCCGUCUGUUAAUUGAAAACUACUCCAAUCCUGGGCAAAGCUGGAAUCAAAGUUUUGAUUUCUAUACAUCAAUCUUUGAUGUACAACCAAAUAAAAAUAAGAGAAAAACAUUUAGUGAGGUAUGUUUUAAACUUUUGACUGGUUGUGUGUGUGUGUAUAUGUAUGAUAUAAUAGCGCUAUCAAAGUUAAUCUGUUAAAAUGUUAAUGCAAAAUUAUUUAAAUAGCACUUUUUUUUAGCAUCCAAUUAACCCACAUCCAGCUGACUUCUCUCUGAUAUGAGCCAUCGCCCGCUGUAUCAAAGUCAAUUGAAUGUGGUUUAAUUGUAGUACCAACUGUCGCCACUAGAUGGAGGCUGAAUACAGCACUGUGGGGACUUGGCAUCAAAACCUAAAUGGAUAAAUAAAUCUAAUCUGUGGUGAUUCAUGUGAACUCAGCUGCACAUUUCUGUUGUCAGCUGAUGAUGCAAAAAGGGAGGCUGCCAUUGUUUUGUUUUGUUUUGGUCAGUAACUGUACAUACAAUCAGCUGACCUGGAAAGGUCCAAUCAGAAGCUAGUGAUGAUUUAGUGGCAUUGGCAUAACACUGAUAACAACAAAGUCAUCAGAGUUUUGAAACAUAGCGUUUAUUGUUUUCUGACGAGCCGCAGGGGAAAAAAAAGAGAGGUUUUUUUAGUUGGUGUAAAAUUGGACACCUAGUUAUGUUAGCACUACUCUUGUCAUGUUACAGUCAAGUCAGUAUGAUCCUCUGUUGUUGCUGUUGGGGUGUUUAAAACUCUACCAAUGUCCCUUAUGCUACAUUUGCAGUAGAUCAAACAUCAGAAAUAUCUGUCACUGUUUCAUUUCUUCUUGUGUGUUUUUUUUUAUUUCUUUAUUUUAAGUCUAAUAACUUGAAUUGAUACCGUAGCACCUUUCAGAGACCCACAGAUGAAGACGGUGAGGCAAGAGAUGUUAAGAUGGUUGCCUUUUUUUGCAGUUUGUCAACUGAAAUAGAACCUGAAAAAAAACACUGGCAAGCAAAUGAAUGUUAAGUCUUUGUGAUACAAGUAUUCAUAGAUACUCAAGCAAGGCAGCAUCUAUACUCAAUCUAGAUUUAAGGGGAAGGUGCUCUGGCUAUGUUUUGUAUGAAUAUCACAGCUGACUAACUUUCCAAUCUUUUGUUCCACCAUCCAGUGCUCCCUCCUGUCCUAGUACCAAGGCACAGUGAGUUCAACCCCCAGCACAGCUUGCUUGUACAGUUCCGCAACCUCACCCACAACGAGCCACACAUGCCACUCAACGCCACCUUUCCAGAGUCCUUCCAGCAACCGCACAGUGGGGGCAGCAGCAGCAGUGGUGGAGGGGGUGGAGGCAGUUCUUUUCCCAUCUCUCCCAAUUCUCCAUACCCACCUUCACCAGCCAGCAGUGGUACUUACCCCAACUCUCCAGCUAGCUCGGGGCCAUCCAGUCCAUUCCAGCUUCCAGGUACUCCCGACAUAGAAAUGGACCUAACCCCGGGCACAAGGCAGCUUAAAAGAGGCCAUACAAUAUUCCCCAAGGGUUUAUGAUCUUUAGCCGUGUGUAUAUAUCAGUUGUCUGUUGUUUUGUUUUGGUUGCCGUUUUGAGAACACAUGUGCUGUCAGCCGGCUCCAUACAGUCAGUGGCAGCUUUACUGAAAAAUCACAGUCAGAUGAAACUCAUGCCAUUUUUCUGUAAUCACUGAAGUCUGCUAGAGACUUUCCACAGUUUCUCUCCUUAUACUGGAGAAUCCCAAUGAAGUCUCCAGAUGAAAACACUUUUGUUGAUCAGAGGGAAGGAAAUUUACUGAGCAGUUAUUUUUAGAGGUUUAGCCAUAAAGGUUAUAUUUAUACUCUUUCCUAGAUCAUCAUUUAAACUUUACAUUGUGGGAGCAUAGGUAACCAUAAUCAAGGUCAAAUAUAUAUCCAGCUCUCCAAAAUAAAGCUUUACCAGCAGACAUUAAGCUUUAUCACUCAUUAUUUGAUUUGACUGUUUAUCUAAAUGUAUUCAGCAUGUAGAGACAUUUUGGAUGCAGUGCAUAGAAGAUUCAGCUUUAUUCUAUCAACUUCAUUUUAUCACUAGUCACUUUAGAUGAAUCCCCAUUUGUAUUAGUUAUAUUUAAAUGAAUGUGCUAGGUGUGUUCUUGCAGCAACAACUGAUGUCAUCCCGUCUAAAUGCAAUUACUCUCAAUUACCAGCUGACACCCCGCCCCCUGCCUACAUGCCCCCUGAUGAGCAACUAGGCCAGGAGAGCCAGUCAAUGGAAACAUGUAGCACCAUGGUUCCACAAGCCAUCAACAGAGGAGGUUAGUAGUUCAAACAUGUACACUGACAUCGGAUUUGUGCUGAAACAUGUACCAAAUGUGAAGUUUACUGAAAACUUUGUUGAGGCACAAUUUAAGAAUCAACCUGAUGCUUUUUCACUAAGAUUGAACUGGAAAAUGUCAUCAGCAAACUUUAUGACCCACUAAAAAAAACUAAAACUCACCUGUUUUUUGUUUUUUUUCUUUCCUUUUUCCAGAUGUGCAACCAGUGGAGUAUGAGGAGCCCAGCCACUGGUGCUCUAUUGUUUACUAUGAACUCAACAAUCGUGUGGGGGAGGCUUACCAUGCCUCUUCAACCAGUGUACUGGUAGAUGGCUUCACCGACCCUUCAAACAAUAAGAAUCGCUUCUGCCUUGGACUGCUUUCCAACGUCAACCGCAACUCCACAAUUGAGAAUACCCGUAGACACAUCGGCAAAGGUAUGGCAGCAUUCACAUCCAGCAGAAUGGGGCAGUUGAUUAGGUUUUGCAAAGGCUCCUUUCAAUGACCUGACCAUCAUCUGUCCGUCUGUUCACCAGGAGUGCACCUGUACUAUGUGGGAGGGGAGGUGUACGCAGAAUGCCUCAGUGACACCAGCAUUUUUGUCCAGAGCCGAAACUGUAAUUACCAUCAUGGCUUCCAUCCCACCACUGUCUGCAAGAUCCCCAGUGGAUGUAGCCUCAAGAUUUUCAACAACCAGGAGUUUGCUCAGCUUCUGGCGCAGUCAGUCAACCAUGGCUUUGAGGCCGUCUAUGAGCUCACUAAGAUGUGUACCAUAAGGAUGAGCUUUGUGAAAGUAAGGCAUCAACAGAUGAAAUAUAAGAGCGGGACAGUCUCAGAAUUUAUUUGAACUAUAGCAAACAUAAUCAUUUAAAACAAUCUGUCUCCUUACAGGGCUGGGGCGCAGAGUAUCAUAGACAGGACGUCACCAGCACCCCCUGCUGGAUAGAGGUGCACCUGCAUGGGCCCCUGCAAUGGCUGGACAAGGUGUUGACUCAGAUGGGUUCACCUCUUAACCCAAUCUCCUCUGUGUCCUAAUGAUGAUCUUAUGGGAGCCUGGGAAUUCCUCUCUACAUUCUUCCAACUUUCCUGUUCUUCCCCUCUGUGAUUUUAAUUUAAUUAGUUCUUUACGGCUGAACUGUUUUUCUCUUUAUCUCUGGACAAAAAAAGGUUACUGAUCUGUGUCUGUCAAUUUAACAACAACCAGAGCACACGCUAUCAUGUGUUAGGUAUAACAUAACAAGAAAGUUCCAGAAAGUCAAUGCCAAGGUGCAGUUGCAGCAUAAACACAGAACUUCUUGAAUUAAGGCGGCCUUGUAUCAAGCUUAAACACAAGUCAGAAUUUUCUUUUCUUUUUUCUUUUUUUUUUUUUUUUUUUUCCUUUUUGCAACGUUUUUUGUUUUCACAUGUUUUUAUUCCUCAGUAUGUUCAAGUCUUUUUUUGGAGCAGAAAUGCAAUUACUCCACCUUGCGUCCUAUAAAUUGGGUUGUUACUUGAAAGAAAUUUCCUUUUUAUCUCAAUGUCAAAAAUUUACACUGUGAAAACACAGACACAUUUGUUAAUCCUGAACACUCAAUUUUAUUAAAAAAAAAUCUUUCUUUUUCUCCUUCAAUUACAAAGAACUCUGAGCCUGUUGCCUUAAAAAGGAUGAUUAAGUGUGCUGAUGGUAUGAUGGUUUUAACACGGGAGCUCGAUCACUGAACUAGUUGAACCAUAAACUGACAACUUUUUAAAUUUGACAUAUGUUAUAAUAGAAGUAGGGGGUUUGAUAUGUCAGACAAUGGACAUCAUGGUUAGUUCUUAUCUGUAUACACUCAAACAAGAGUGAUUAUCUUCCAUGCUCAAUGUAUUAAAAGAAAUGUGCACAUGGUUUUUACAGGGGCAUAUUUUGAUUUUGGUGUGUCUACAAGGUAACAUGUUCAUAAAAAAAAUGACAUUAGCUAAAUGAAAUAAAAAGGUUAUUCUGUAAUGCUGUUUUAUUUUGUCUUUUUUUUUUUUUUUUUGUAGUUACAUGUUGCAAAAUGCAAGCGUAUGGAAAACAAAGAGGGUAGAAUGACGUAUUAAAAAGGUCGACAGUAACCACAACACCAGUCCCGCAACAAAUGUAAACAGAUGGUUUUUCUUUUCAAGAAGCAUAAUGAUACAUUCCCAGCAAAUGGCUGAGCAAGGCCUUUUUUUUAUUGUAUUCAAUAUUUUACUUCCAUUCAUUGCUGAGUGCAUGACUGACUGAAGCAGGAGACAUAGUAAGAGUAUAUACCCUUUUUCAGUGGAGAUGUAAAACAGUAUACUUCCACUGCAUGAUAUCAAGACUUAUUUUACAUUUUUAGAGGAUCACAGACUUGGAUAAAGUUGGUGCAAGGAAUAGGUUUAUGCACUAAACGUAAAGCUGCGUCACGGUAGUACACUGAUGUGAUAUGUUACCAUCAAAAUUUCUCUACAAAAUAUUGUUAAAUGCAUGACUAAACAUAUCGUAUAGCCGGCAAUACAUUAUAAAAUUCUUGUGCACAGGCUGAAGAUGUCUAGACAUUGCUGUAAUGUAAAUGUACAGGGGCAAACAAGGAAUAAACGUGAUUUUUAUUGUGUUUAUGUCA